UCUUCAUUCUUAGCUGGUGAAGAAUGGGGGAGAUAGAAGGAACAUACAGAGUCCUGCAGACUCCAGGGACACGCUUGGGCACCCAGACCCCAACAGGGGUGAGCACCCUCGAGCCUGGGCAGACUCUCUCGGCAGGAGCAGCACGGACGUCAGCUAGAAUGCAGGAGAAGCACCUUCACAUCCGAGUGAAGCUGCUGGACAACACUAUGGAAAUAUUUGACAUUGAGCCUAAGCGCGAUGGCCAGACGUUGCUGACCCAGGUGUGGAGGCGCUUGAACCUGACGGAGUGUGACUACUUUGGGCUGGAGUUUCAGCAUCCCCGGUCCUACUGGAUUUGGCUGGAACCUAUGAAGCCCAUCGUUAGGCAAGUACGAAGGCCAAAAAACGCAUUGCUUCGUCUAGCAGUGAAAUUUUUCCCACCUGAUCCGGGUCAGUUGCAGGAAGAAUAUACAAGAUACCUGUUUGCCUUGCAACUUAAGAGGGACCUCCUGGAGGAGCGCCUGCCCUGCACGGAUACCACGGCCGCCCUUUUGGCAUCCCACCUUCUACAGUCUGAAAUAGGAGAUUAUGAUGAAACCCUGGACCGAGAGCACCUCAAAGCCAAUGAGUACCUGCCCAGUCAGGAGCAUUCUCUUGAAAAGAUUUUAGAAUUCCACCGGAAGCACACGUGA